AAUUAACAUUCACUAAAUACAAAGAAGAAUUGCUAUCUCUUGUAGAAGAACGAAAUGAACUUAUUGAACAACAAAUAAUUUCUUCAGCAGAACAGUAAGACUUCGGGAUCAACCAACUCAGAGUUCAGUUCAGAUCAUAUCGCAAAAUCUAUGCUAAUAGUUCAGUUUCAAUUUUGAAUUUCAACCGCAAACUUUGCAUGGAGAUAGGUCUUAAUGAGCAUAGUCUUUUGUGAUGAUAUUUAAUUUUUCGAUUAGAAGUAGAAAGUUACCGUUAUCAGACAGUUUUGAUUAUAUUAGAACUAGAACGACCUCUAGUAAAGCUUAAAUCGUAAUGAUUCAUUUAUAUUUCUUAAAAUAAUUAAUUUUAGUCAACGUGAAAAUGAACAAUUGAAAAAGGCUAUUGAUCAAAUACGAGAAAAAUCAACUGAGCAUGAACAUGUAGAAAUUCAAACAGAUGAAGAUAUUAAAGCUUUGUACGAAAUAAUUAAACAACAGUCUCAAGAACUUAAUAUACUAAAUGAAAAAAAUUCGCGUCUUAUAUCUCAAGAUGAACUCGAUAGACAAAAGAAAGAAAUCGAAGAACGAUUAAUUGAACGUGAAAAUCAGAUUGAUAAUAUUAUGCAAGAACAUACAAAACUUCUAGAAGAAAUAGAGAAAAAUGCUUCAACAAUUAUUCCAAAAACAGAUAACGAAACUCAAACAGUUGAUCAUCAACAUGAGAAAUUAUUCCAAAUGAAUAAUAAAUUAAAACGAGCAUUACAAACAAUAAAAGACAAAAUCCAUCGAAUUGUAAAUGAAAGACCAGAUCUAUUCAAUGGCAUUAGUGAAGAGACAAAUGAACGUCUGGAUCAUUUGAUUUCAAUUAUAGAACACCAAGCAACACAAAUUGAUCUCAUACAAAUUGAACAUCAGAAAGCUGAUGAACAAUAUCAACAACAAAUAGGAGAACUUCAGAGUUCGUUACUUGCAUCGCAAUCUGAGCUCGAUAAUGAACGUCAACAACACAUUUUAGCUGAUCCAUCAUCUUUUUCAGCCACUGAAGACAUAAGUCCAGCGAUUAUUGAAGAAUAUCAAACAAAAAUUGAUCGGCUUGUAAAAAGUCUUAUUGAAAAAGAAGAUGAACGAAUAUUACUUCGUGAACGUCUUAAUGAAAUUGAACUUGAAUUAAGAAAAGUAUUAGAUGAUCAGAACUCGACAUUCAAGAAAUAUGAAUUACUUGUACAAGAACGAGAUUUACUUGUUCAACAACAAAAAUUUCCGUCAAUCGAAAGUCAAAGAGAAAUUGAAGAAUUACAAGAUGAAUUAAUAGAACUCAAAGAAAUAUAUAUACCAUCAAUUGAUGAAAUUAAAUCAUUGAAACAAACUAUUCAACAACAAUCAGAAAACCUUACAGAUUUAAAUGAAAAAAAUCUUAUUCUUUCAUCUCAACUUGAUACGCAAAAGUAAGGAUCUUAGUCGAAGUUAUUCAAUUAAAUGAAUUUUUUUAUCAUAUAGGAAAGAGAU